GGCAGUGAUUCAGAAUACUCCGCGUCUAACUUAUCGCGCGAUACCUUUCUUCUCUCUUCACCACAUCAAACCCUAAUCCGAACUCACCCCCAAUCCCCGAAACCCUAACCCUACUUCCUCGCCGCAACCGCCAUGGCCAAGAAACGAAAGGUCCGAUCCUCCGACCCCGAGCCCACUAAACCCGUCGAGCCAGCCCAGCAAGAUCAAGACCCAGUCGAACUCCAACAACAACAACAACAAGAACCACAACCCGAGCCAACCCUCCAAGACCCCAACGCCAUGUCCCUCGACGAACCCGCACACGAAGAGCAACACCUUCAAGAGCAAAACCCCGAGGAAGAGGAGGAGGACGAGGAGGAAGAUCAGCAGAAACCCGAAACCCUAGAGGAGGACCAACCCGAAACCCUAGAAGAGGCGAACCACGCCGCCGAGGCGAACGGCGCCGAGGAAGAAGAGGAGAACGAGGACCUCACUCUGGAAGAAGAGCCCGUGGAGAAGCUUCUCGAACCCUUCACGAAGGAGCAGCUUCACUCGCUCGUGAAACAGGCCGUUGAGAAGUUCCCUGAAUUCGUCGACAGCGUUCGCCAGCUCGCCGAUGUGGACCCCGCCCACCGGAAAAUCUUCGUCCACGGCCUAGGCUGGGACGCCACCGCCGAAACCCUAACCUCGGUUUUCGGAAAGUACGGCGAGAUCGAAGACUGCAAGGCCGUCACCGACAAGGUUUCCGGCAAAUCGAAGGGUUACGCCUUUAUCUUGUUCAAGCACAGGGACGAUGCUCGCAAGGCGCUGAAGAAUCCCCAGAAGAAGAUCGGGAACCGCACCACAUCAUGCCAGCUGGCCUCCGCCGGCCCGGUGCCGGCUCCGCCGCCGAAUGCAAAUCCGGUGUCGGAGUACACCCAGAGGAAGAUCUUUGUGAGCAAUGUCAGUGCUGAGAUUGAGCCCCAGAAGCUGCUUGAAUUCUUCAAGCAGUUUGGGGAGGUUGAGGAUGGACCUCUUGGUCUUGACAAGAACACUGGGAAACCCAAGGGUUUUGCUCUGUUUGUUUACAAGUCUGUGGAGAGUGCCAAGAAGGCUUUGGAAGAGCCUCAUAAGAACUUUGAGGGGCAUACUUUGUAUUGCCAGAAGGCUGUUGAUGGUCCUAAGGGGAACAAGGGGUAUCAUCAGUAUCACCACCAGCAGCAUUCUCAUCACCACCAUCACCAUCAGCCUCACUAUUCCAGGAAGGAUAAGAACAAGUAUUCAUCUGGUGGCGGUGGACCCUCGCAUGGUAGUGGUCAUUUGAUGGCCCCUUCGGGGUCUGCUGUCGGGGGUUUCAACCCUGGCGUGCCCGCGCAGGGUUUGAAUCCGGCGCUUGGACAGGCUUUGACUGCGUUGCUUACAAAUCAGGGAGCUGGACUUGGGGGGCUUGGAAAUCUGCUUGGAGGGCUUGGUGGUGCGCCGGUUAACCAGGCAGGGCCUCCUGCUUCGUAUGGGAAUCAGCCUGCUAUGGGCUAUGGGAACCAACCUGCAAUGCAACCAGGUUAUCAGAAUCCUCAAAUGGGGCAGAACAGUGGUGUGAGACCUCACCCUGGUGCUGGUGCUCCUUACAUGGGCCAUUAGGUAAGAAAUGGCCACACUUGGUGGGUGGGUUGGCUCUCACUAUACACAAGUGUACCCUGGUUUGGAGUGAAUGUCGGAGAAGAUCAGAUAGGUGCGAUGGUGUUAUCAUCUUUGCAAUUAUCCAUGGGUAUGAUCUUUUCUUUUUUACUUUUGAUUGUCCGGGAAAGUUAAGUUCGGAAACUUGCCUUCAUUUCACUCACGGAAGCUUUCAAUUGAUUUCUAAAGAUGUUUGUCUUUUAAUUCCAAAUUGGAUUUCGGGGUCUCAAAUUUUGACGUAUAAUCUUCUUGGAGAAAAGCCUAAUUAUAUACUGUUGUCAGUAUUUGGUAAAGCUGCAAAAAAAAAGUUAUUUUAUAGAAUCUAACCCCAAAAUAAGUUGCUUUGCCAGAAUGUGUUUAGAAAUCUUGUCGCAAACAGCUGUUUUUAUCUUAGUGCAAAGCUGAAGCGCUUUUGAAUGGCAGUACUAAACUGGGAAUAAGUUGUAUUCAUUGAAAGUCCAACUUUUUCUUGGUGUUUUUAAUUUCCGUGGGACUGAAAAUGCAUGAUUUUCUUAUUAGGACUAAUUUUUUGGAUGCUGUUUAACGUUCUUGAUGAUAUAAUGAAGAUCAUACUGAUAUCGAUACAGCUUGAGAAGGCAGUUGUUGUUGGCACACGCACCAACUGUACAUGUGGCUCUCAAGCAUCAAGGUAUGGUACUGAAGAAGGGUACUGAUAAUGUGAAAAGGAUCACUUAAUUUGUCUAGUUACAUUUUGUUAGAGUUGCAAUGAAUUGGGAUGAGGGGCUACAUUUGAUUUUGGAAAUUUUAGCUUUAUUUCGACAUUAGACCUCCGGAAAGAUGGAAGAGUUGUCCAUGCUGUAAUACAGUACUUGUCAUAUUAAGUUGGACAUCAUUCUUUUCUUGAAGAUAGACAAAACAUCUAUACUUGG